AUGGAGACGCGGAUGGGGCGUGGUGGGCUGCAGACGCGGCAAAGCUUUGCUGGGCUGGUGGCGAUCGUGGCGGUGGUGUGCAGCGUCCUGCUGCUGGGUGCCGUGGAGGUGCAGGCAGGCAUCUUCGAUUACAAUGAUGGACUCAAUUCCAAUUCACGAAUCCUGGAGCGAGUGGCGAUGUGGUCCGUCAAGGACAGUCCCAUUGGAUCCAACGAGCCCUACGCCAAGUUUGAACUGACGCUGAGCAAGCACAACCGGGGCGGCCACGUCGAAGCGCUCUUCUUCUCCAUCAGCGAACUCGAGAACGUCGGCUACGAUGGCCCCGCCUACGGCCGCUACCUGUGCUGCGACCACGGCAUGCACCGCCCGCCGGCCCACCCGUGCCCGUACGGCGAGGUGGCGCUCAACCGGGACUACUACAACCACUCGUCCCCCACCUUCCACUACUCCAAGCUCAACUUCCUCACCUCCACCGUCACCUACAGCCAUGUUUUCCCGAUCAACGAGACGGAUCUCUACUACUUCAUCCUCGUCAACUGCAUGGGCAGCGGCGCGAACACGGUGACGGUGCUGGGCGAGACCAAGUGGAUGAACCCCUACGGCUACCUCAACGGCGACGAGCUCGGCUUCCUUCCGUUUUACAUGGUGAUGGCGAUCGUGUACCUGGUCACCACCGUCGCCUGGGGCUUCCUCCUCUACCGCUUCCGCGAUGGGCUCCUCGGCCUCCAGCACUGCCUCACGGCCCUGAUCGCCUUUGGCAUUGUGGAGCAACUCCUGAUGUGGUUCGACUUCUACCGAUACAACGACGAGGGCACCGUCUCUGUGCCGCUGACGGUCAUCGCCGUGGCGGCUACCACCCUCAAGCAGACGUUUGCCCGCCUUCUCCUGCUGGCCGUCUGCAUGGGCUACGGCGUGGUGAAGAAGAAGCUGCACUGGGGCGCCUCGCUCAGCCUGGCCAUCUACGGCGUUCUCUUCUACCUCUUCGCCGAGGUCUCCGAAAGCGCCGAUGCUCUGCAGGACAAGACGUCGCUGCCGAUCAGCCCCGUCGUGACGGUGUUCACGCUGAUGCCGGUGUUCCUGCUCGACGCCGUCUACUACAUGUGGGUCUUCACCGCGCUCUUCCGCAUGAUCUCCCUGCUCGGCCAGAGCGGCCAGCCGGCCAAGCUCUCCCUGUACCGCAAGCUGGCGUUGGUGUUGAUCGCCGCGUUCUUCUUUUCGCUCAGCAUGAUCACCCUCGAAUUUGUGGUGUUGGGCUUCUUCGCCGACGGCUUGUGGAAGAUCUGGUGGGUCUGGGACUCCUACUGGAUGUUCCUGAACUACGUCAUCCUGCUGGCGAUCGCCCUCAUCUGGCGUCCCAACCCCAACAACGGCCGCUACGCCUACGAGGAGCUGGUCAGCAACGUGCCCGGCGAGGAGGGCGAGACCGGCGAUGACGUCAACAUGGAGAUGGAGGACAUGCAGGCCCACCACCGCGACACGUCGCUGGGCAUUGAGGAGGACGAGUUCAGUCGGCAGACGUCGGACGACCUGAGCGACUCGUCGUCGCCCAACAGCGGAAACCCCUACAAGUCCAAGGAGGAGUCCUACGGCGCCUGA